AUGUACUGCCCAGGUAUAAGCCCUGACCUUGUAAUGUUGUUUCCCGAACCCAGAAGGAAACUUUGCUGGCCUGAGAAUGCAGCGAUUGAAAUCAAGGGAGACACGAUUGGAGAACUACGGACCUUUCUUUUAAUCCACUUCGAACGGAUACUUAGUAACCAUAUUUCCGGCGGUCAGGAGCCCUUAGCCCUAAAUGAAAAGAAGCGCCCCUUUGCCCGAUUACUCAAGUUGAUCCCUAUAUUGCAGUUGAUCAACAGGGUGCAAAUGUUCUUUGAGCGCAACAAUGAUUUGUUUAAUUAUUACCGGUCUGGAAAAACAAUUUAUGAUGAUCGUUUCUUCAUUCGCUCUGCCCAGGCUAUUCCCGUUGAUCCCGACCAUAUGCUUGAUAUAGACACUCGUUUUUCUACCAGCUAUAGCAAUAGUCUCGCUUAUAUAAAGGCGUUUGAGCGGCUUCAUGGUUAUAUUGUGCAACUGAUCAACCAGAUGGACAAAGUGAACGUUGCCAAUUCAGAUCAGCAUAAAAGUAACCUGGUUUUUACGGACCCCAAAGUGGGUGCUGUAGAGUUUGGUUAUGCACUGUUUGCUAAGGGAGCAUGUAAUAAUGGGAAUGCCAGCCUCAGACAAAUCAUGGAUGUAAUUCAGUUUGCAUUCAAUAUUGAUUUGGGGAACUACAAUGCAAUGUAUAAUCAGAAUAUCAGGCUUCGAAAAAGGUUGGAGCGUUCAGCCUAUCUUAUAGCGUUAAUGAAGUCCAAUGAUGGCCGAAUGGAUGAUCUGGACAAUAACCCGCGUUAA